AUGGCUGCUGAACAAAUUCAGAUUCUCUCAGUUCGUCUAGCCAAAAGACUUAGAAUCUACAGAGAUUACGCUACUGGUCUUCUUGUUGCCAACAAUUGGGAUGAAGAGUUCAUUCUUACGCAGUGGACUAUUCCUGGGAAUCCUCUUGCAAGCUUAAUAGACAGUGAAGCGGAAUUUCACUCAAGAGAGAUUCAAUGCUACCUCUGCAAUAAAAACAACCUCUGUAAACCAUAUGGCUGUGGACACCUCUUCGGCGUGGAAUGUGUGAAAGGGUAUAUUGAGCGAAACAUAGCUUCUGAUCAGCUCAACAUUAGAUGCCUUCAAGAUGGUUCUGGUGUGAUGAUGUGCGCGGGCGGGUCGGUUUGCGGGUUAUCCGCAAAAAGCUUUCUCUCCGAAUUCAUCCCGUUUCAGAGUGAAGACCGACAAAAUUCUCUUGGCAAUCAUCAUCUCUACACCUUGUUUGAUCGAGAUUGA